UUCCUGCUUGCUUGUAAUGGCUAUUAUGUUGUUAUUUGUACACUUUACACAUUAAUGCGGGUGUGGCACCAAUCAUAAAAGUUCGACGCCGGCGAGCCCUAACCCCCGACGAGAAUCCGACUCCCCGCCGCAGAGAAAGAAUUGUGGUUUUUUCUACAUCUUUCGCGUAGCAGCACACAACUUCACACGAAUCUCUGGUGGGCGUUUGUUUGAAGAAGAGGACGACUCUGAAUUUGGAACUUGAGAAAAUUAUUGCCUUGCCAGACUUUGUUUCGAAAAUGGCGGCCUCUGUUCCACUCACUAGCCGCCAAUCCCGGCUCUGCAACGCACCCUUGAACAACAUAUCAAAGUCCAAAGGGUUUUCGGGUUCUCGUCGGUCCACUGUUAUCGCUCGCCUUGGUGUUCGACACACCUCUACACACGGCGAUGAAAAUACGCAAAAGGACAACACAUUCGAUUUCACGAAAUACAUCCCCAACAGACAGCCACCUGGUGCAAGACUUCUAUCUCCGCCGAAGCGGAAAUUCGUGCCUCCGACAAGACCAUUGUUCACACGCGAGGGCGGCGAUGGCGAUUAUUUCAGAAACGAUAUAACAUCGACUCGAGAUAAGUUCAGGCUUAUCAGCUCAGCUCUUGAUAAGAGUGUGGAAAAACCAAACCUAGUCGGCACUCCGCGCGGCGAUUUUCGGAAAAUAGAAAGUGGCAGAAGACCGGUUUAUGACAUUGCCGGUCUCCCCAAGAUUCCGAAGAUGGCCCGGCUAGCUAAAAUGGAGACUGCAGAAAUUUCCCAGGUUCCGGGUGCGAAAAGUUUGGUUGGUCUUUUGGCUGGGUUGGGCAAGCGUCGAAGCGACGCCAUAAAGGCGCUUUACGAUAACAACGCUUGGUCGUCUCUGGUGUCGCAACAAAGACGACAGGAAAAUGCUGCUAGAACAAAACAAGGGUUGAGACCAUUGCAAGGGUUGAGCCCAUUGCAAGGGUUGACACCAUCGACUGAAACUGCCAUCCGGAAAGACCCUUCGGCAUUACUCGAGGAGAGAUUUGGUGCUACUGCGUCCGAGAAACCACAAGCCGUCUUUGCGGCGGAAAAGAUGACUGCACGGGGCGAUCGAAUAAAGGGCAAGAAACCUGCUGUGACGGUACAACCCACAUGGACAUGGGCACAAAAUGCCGAAGAUAUGAAGAAGCAGUCCGGUGAUAUUACGGUCAACGUGGUUGAUGCCGAGGGUGGAUUCCAUCAAAGCUGGACUCUACAAGCGGCUCGUGAGUUGUGUCCAUCCACACACUCGAUUGUCAAGACGGGAAUGGCCGGAGAGGUCAUGGUGGUCAAGUACAUGCUGAGGCCACAUGAUGUGGUGGUUGCCGAUCGUGAGGCUACCUCGACUAAGGCGAAAUCCAGCAAGGCCAAGACUUUCAAGAUUCCUUUGAGUAUUGAAGAUCAUGAUAUCGAAAUCAGGGCGCGGAAGAUUGUGGAGAAUCUCGAGAAAUUCGAGCGGGUCUCAGUCACGCUUGGAAGGACAAAUAAGGAUAUGAAUCGUUAUAGAGACCGUGAGGAUCAUGUUGAAUCGACAUUGAUCGAGAUGUGCGAGGCAAAGGGCGCCAGACAUAGCAGGACUCUCGAGGAGAACAAGAAAAGAGUGGUCUACUUCGAGAGCGCAACAGACGACGGGGUUCUGGCUGAGAGCAUAAACGCUAGCAGGGACGAAACGGACGAAAUGGACGAAAUGGACGAUUACAUCGGGGAGGAAGAGAAUUAUUUGGAGAAUGCGGAGGGGGAUGUGGAGGAGACACCUGAGGAAGAAAUGUCAAAGUAUUGGUCGGAUUAGAGUAUGCUUGUUGUAGGAAAUUUUUGUAAAUUUUUAUGCGCAUAGAUGGUCAAAUAUAUUAACGAUAUUACAUCAUUUAAACUC